UGAGUCUUUAAAAAAAAAAAGCCAGUGCCUCCUCGGGUCAGCUGUACCUGUGUCCAGCACUCACUGGGGAGGUCCUGACUGGUGUUCCCGUGGGUGUUUCUUGUUGAGUCCUGGCCGGGUUGCGGUGGGGCCUACCUGUACCUGGUUCCCAGGGGACCAGGGCUGCAUUGUCCAGGAAGGUCAGAUUCUCAUGCAGGUGAGGAUUGAGGGAGCAAGGUCCAGGACACCUGGUGGGGACUGAGUUGCUGGAGGACAGGGUAACUAACUCUUACCGCUGCCAACAGUGGGCGCGGAGCUGGCCACAUGGAGGUGAUGGAAGCCCCUGACCAGAGCCAGGUGGGGAGGGUGGAGACCACUCAUGGGGAGGCAGCUGGACAAAGCCAUGGGAAGGUGACUGACCACGAACAGUGGCAGUUUUGUGGGCUGCUUGAGAGGGUGUGGAUGUCGGAUACACCAUCAAGAGGGCAGGGGCAGAGCAGGUGGUGGCAGGGACUUUCUCAUCGUUGUUCUGAGACCUGGUGAGGCCCCCCCCCCAUUCUUUCAGAUUUUAUUCUACCUGUUCUCCAGCAUUUACUGUUCAUAUGAAUUUGAGGUUAGUGUCCCUCUUUUAAGACCCCUAUUGGGAUGGUAAUUAGAGUUUUGUCGCAUUGACACAGACACACAGAUUUGGUGAGAACGGGCAUUCUUGGUGAACAGAGGGAUGGAGAGAGGCCAGCCUCUCUCAGCCCGAGUCUCUCCUGUCCCUCGAGGCCGCUGCGGUUGGGAAUUCCGUGUAUAUAUUCCCAGAAGUUGUCUGUGCCAAUAUACGCACACAUUUUAUAUUCUGUGAAGAAAAUGGGUUGUGAUGCUUCCUGACUUCCUGCCCCCAAGUCGUCCCUUUAGGCAGCCCACCGUGUGAGGCAUCCUGUUUGUUACGGUGAUCUUGGUGGCCAUGUCCCUCUGGGAGACUCCCUUUGACACUCCAAAUAAUGUGAGCCCCAUCCCCCCAUUAGGAGGGCUCUUGGUCGUUCCCUCCCUAUUUUUUCCAGUAAUUUGAAUAUGACCGACACCUCAGCUAAGCUAGUCCUUUUACGUCCCCAAACCUGCCCGCCCGUAGGCCUCCCCAAGGUCAGACCAAAUCCCUGGGUGACUCUGGACUUAAGCUACCAGAAUCAACCAUGUGUCUCACCUCCAGUGCCAGUCCCUGGUGGACACACCACCAGGCUGACAGCGCCAGCCUCACUGCAGAGCCAGGGCACAACCAGGGCAGCCUGAGGCACCAACAAGCCCACAGCAGUCACAGUCGAGUGAAUCACGAAGGACGUGGGGUGAGCUGCCCCAGGAGUACGGGCCUCAAGCAACACCACGCAUUCUCAGCCUGUCUUCCCCGGAGAUUAUCCCUGGCCUGGCACCAGCCCUUCUGUGUGGACUGGCGGCCUGAGCAGAUGGCGCCGAGUCCUUGUUAGCUCCCCAGCUGACCAUGAAGACCCCAGGGUCUGGAGAACAAAACUUUCUGGCUGGAGCGUUGGGGUGCACAGGUGUCCCCAGGCAUCUGAGGCAGGAUUGUUGCGGGGCUCACAGAGUCCAGGGAUCAUUGUUCCUGAAUUGUGGACCCCACAGGCUCCUCUGACCUCCAUCUUCCUCGGAAACCUCGGACGAUCCAGCCAUGGCAGCGGCCAGGCUCCUGCCACCGCCAGCAGGACCCCAGCCCCUGUCAUUCCAGGCCAAGGUGACCUUUGAGGAUGUGGCCGUGCUCCUCUCCCAGGAGGAAUGGGACCGCCUGGGCCCUGCUCAGCGGGGCCUCUACCGACACGUGAUGAUGGAGACCUAUGGGAACGUGGUAUCGCUAGGACUUCCAGGAUCGAAGCCCAGUGUGAUCUCUCAGCUGGAGCGAGGGGAAGAGCCGUGGGUCCUGGACGGGCAAGGGGCUGAGGAGACUCGGGGCCUGGGGAGCGGCUGGUCAGACAGCUACAGGCGUGAGCACACGACAGCUUGUACGCAACAAGACAGUUCACCCUGUCCAUGGGAGCAUGAGAACAAGGGAGAGAACCCGAAGAGGGAUUUGAGUCUGAAGCCGUUUCUUUCCGAGGAAGGAUCCGCGGUCCUGGGGGGGGCACCCUCAGGCCAGCCCGAUCACGGACCGUGCAAAGCCGAGCAGAGCCGCCCUGUGAGCCCAAGCCCCGGCGGCCCGCCUGGAGCUCGGGUCCCCAGCCGCGGUGGGCCUGCCCCCGCGCAGCAGGCUGUCCCCGGCGGGGAGAGACCCUACAAGUGCACCGAGUGCGGGAAGUGCUUCGGCCGCAGCUCCCAUCUGCUGCAGCACCAGCGAACCCACACCGGGGAGAAGCCCUACGUGUGCGGCGUGUGCGGCAAGGCCUUCAGCCAGAGCUCCGUCCUCAGCAAGCACCGCAGAAUCCACACGGGCGAGAAGCCCUACGAGUGCAACGAGUGCGGGAAGGCCUUCCGCGUGAGCUCGGACCUGGCGCAGCACCACAAGAUCCACACGGGCGAGAAGCCGCACGAGUGUCUGGAGUGCGGGAAGGCGUUCACGCAGCUCUCGCACCUCAUCCAGCACCAGCGCAUCCACACGGGCGAGCGGCCGUACGUGUGCGCGCUGUGCGGCAAGGCCUUCAACCACAGCACGGUGCUGCGCAGCCACCAGCGCGUGCACACGGGCGAGAAGCCGCACGAGUGCGCGCAGUGCGGCCGCGCCUUCAGCGUCAAACGCACGCUCCUGCAGCACCAGCGCGUGCACACGGGCGAGAAGCCCUACACGUGCAGCGAGUGCGGCCGCGCCUUCAGCGACCGCUCGGUGCUCAUCCAGCACCACAACGUGCACACGGGCGAGAAGCCGUACGAGUGCGGCGAGUGCGGCAAGGCCUUCAGCCACCGCUCGACGCUCAUGAACCACGAGCGCAUCCACACGGAGGAGAAGCCGUACGGCUGCUACGCGUGCGGCAAGGCCUUCGUGCAGCACUCGCACCUGACGCAGCACCAGCGCGUGCACACGGGCGAGAAGCCGUACGUGUGCGGCGAGUGCGGGCACGCGUUCAGCGCGCGGCGCUCGCUGGUGCAGCACGAGCGCAUCCACACGGGCGAGCGGCCGUUCCGCUGCGCGCAGUGCGGCAAGGCCUUCAGCCUCAAGGCCACGCUGAUCGUGCACCUGCGGACGCACACGGGCGAGCGGCCCUACGAGUGCAGCCGCUGCGGCAAGGCCUUCAGCCAGUACUCGGUGCUCAUCCAGCACCAGCGCAUCCACACGGGCGAGCGGCCCUACGAGUGCGCCGAGUGCGGCCGCGCCUUCAACCAGCACGGCCACCUGAUCCAGCACCAGAAGGUGCACGCGAAGCCCUGAGCCCCCCGGGGGCCCCCCGCGCGGGACGGGCUGCCGAGGGCUCCGCCCCGGGGGAGCCCCGAAGAGCGGCCCCGGGGCGCGGCGGGCGGAGGAGCCGGAGGGAGCCUGUCGCGCGGCCCUCGUGGGUGCGGGCCUGGGCGCCGUCGCCGGUGCCCGAGCUGGCGGGAGAGCGUGAGGCUCGGGCCGCAGCAGCACGUUCCCGCCUCCGAGUAAAGUUCGCGCUCCCAAGGGGACAUGCCUUUUCUAAAGACAACAAACAGUUGCUCCAACUGCUGCGCGAAAGUUUGGGUUAUUUGCACUAUUGUUAGACCACCGCAGUGUUGUGUGGAAGAAUGGCCGUCGAGCGUCACCGUGUAAGACGGCUGGAAACCCUGCGUGUGUGCGGCCACUUGUUUUGUGUGAACAAAGGAAACCGCCUAAGGAGGAAUUAGGGAGAAAUGAUGUGAACUCAGAAAACGCUUCAGCUGGCGUCUGAACUUUAUUCCAGAUCAGAAGGAAUGUCCUAAGUGAAAAUUCAACUCAGAAAUGGAUCUUUGCCUCAAAACCUAGCCUUAUGAUUUACAGACCGUAUGCCCCGGAGAUCGUGGGAUGUUGGGGCCUCCAGACCCUGUGUGGGUUGCAGGGGAGCUCUGCACUCAGAGCCCAGACCUCAUAGCCACUGUGUUACUCAAAAGACAGUUCCUUGGUACAUAUUUUUAAAACCUAAAAUUAUCACAUUCAAAUUGCUUUUUUAUUAUCUGAAA